ACGUGACGGAAAACUAUGGCUUCCCACUCGUAGUGAUGGAGGCGCUUCAUUGACAACAAAACAAAGUGUCGCUUUGUUCAAUUGUAUUUCUACUAUAACGAGUGGGAUUUAAGAUGCAGAAGAUUAAGUCUCUCAUGGCCCGGCAGGGUCUGAAAAGCCCCCAAGAGAGCAUGGCAGACCUUAGCCCUGUGGAGAACCUGAGGAUCCCAAGCAAGGAGGAGUUGCGGGAGCUGAGGGAGCAACCCAUCGACCCCCAGGCGGAGCAGGAGCUCAUCGACAGCAUCGAGGAGGUCUACUUCUCCAACGACUCCUUUGACAUGGUGCAGCACGAGCUGGAGAAACUCCCACCUGAGCUCAACCUGCAGGAGCUGGAAGAGUACAGAGACAAACUGAAGAAACAACAAGCAGCAGUUUCUAAAAAGGUUGCCGAUCUCAUUUUGGAGAAACAGCCUGCUUAUGUCAAGGAGCUGGAGCGAGUGACGGCAUUACAGACUAACCUGCAGCUGGCAGCAGUCAUUUGCACUAAUGCAAGGAGGCAACUAAGUGUCUCAAAGGAGGGAUUCACAGAAGCCAGCCUGGGUCUAUUAGCCAAUCAGAGGAGACGACAGCUACUGACAGGCCUGCUGAAGUCACUAAGGACCAUCAAGACGCUGCAAAGAACAGAUGUACGACUCAGCGAGAUGCUUGAGGAGGAAGACUAUCCAGGUGCAAUCCAGCUCUGUCUGGAAUGUCAAAAGGCUGCCAGCACCUUCAAACACUACAGCUGCAUCAGUGAAUUGAAUUCCAAACUACAAGACACUCUGGAGCAAAUCGAGGAGCAGCUUGAUGUCGCCCUGUCCAAGACGUGUAAAAACUUUGAUGUGUCGCACUACACCAAGGUCCAGCUGGCCUACACACUCCUCGGCAAGACACAGACUGCCAUGGACCAGCUGCACAUGCACUUCACCCAGGCCAUACACAACACCGUUUUCCAAGUCGUGCUCGGAUAUGUGGAGCUGUGCGCCGGCAAUGCCGAUACCAAGUUCCAGAAAAUGCAAUACAAGGACCUUUGUACGCAUAUCACACUGGACAGCUACAUACCGUGCCUGAUGGAUCUAUGCAAGGCAUUAUGGGAGGUGAUGCUGAGCUACCAUCGCACCAUGCAGUGGCACGAGGAGCAUGACAAACUGGAGACUGCGCCCACUCCAGCCGUAGAUGACACAGCGGCAGCAGAGUCGGAUGAGUUAGUGGUGGACCGCAGCUAUGUAAAGAAGAAGCUGGAGCACGGACUGACACGCAUCUGGCAGGAUGUCCAGUUGAAAGUGAAGGCCUACAUUCUUGGCACAGACAUGUCCAACUUCAAAUACGAUGAUUUCAUCGUGGUUCUGGAUGUCAUCAGCAGGCUGAUGCAGGUGGGUGAGGAGUUUUGUGGCAGCAAGUCAGAGGUCCUGCAGGAAUCCAUCAAACGGCAGAGUGUCAACUACUUCAAAAACUACCACAGGACGCGGCUGGAAGAGCUGAGGAUGUUUCUGGAAAAUGAGACGUGGGAACUGUGCCCGGUCAAGUCUAACUUUAACAUCGCCCAGCUCCAUGAGUUUAAGUUCAUGGGCCAGUGUCGCUCUCCGUCCGUGUCCCCGAGCAGACAGGCCGUAUCCUCCACCGGCCUGGCUCAGGAGGAGCUGUCUCUUUUCCAGCAGUACCUGCAGGAGGGAAACCCCUUUGAGAUGCACACUGAGCACAAAGAGGAGGAGACGGAGGAUGUGCUGGCAUCUAACGGGUACGAGUCAGACGAGCUGGAGAAGAGCGUGUAUCAAGAUUAUGACAGCGACAGCGACGUCCCCGAGGAGCUCAAGCAGGACUACGUCGAUGAGCAGACAGGAGACGCACCUCUCAAGAGUGUCUCCCGCGAGACCAUCAGAAGCAAGAAGAAGUCCGACUACAACCUGAAUAAAACCAACGCACCCAUCCUCACCAACACCACCCUCAACGUCAUCCGGCUUGUCGGGAAGUACAUGCAGAUGAUGAACAUCCUGAAGCCGAUCGCCUUCGAUGUCAUCCACUGUGUGUCCCAGCUGUUCGAUUACUAUCUGUACGCCGUCUACACCUUCUUUGGACGCAAUGACAUGUAUGAGUCAUCGGGCCUGGGCCUUAUCAGCAGCCGACUGAGAACCACACUGAACCGGAUCCAGGAGAGUCUCAUCGACAUGGAGGCUGUGGGGGAGAACACGGGAGUUCACGGUCCAGCAGAGGACAGGAAGGAGAAGGUGCCCAGCCCCCAUCUCAGCCAACUGGUGGUCCUCACUAACAGCGGGACUCUUUACGGACUCGCCCAGCGGGUGGUGGCCACUGAAUCUCUUGUGUUUUUGGCAGAACAAUUUGAAUCCCUACAGUCUCACCUGGACACAAUGAUGCCUUUAGCCAAGAAACCCUUCCUGCAACAGUUUUAUUCUCAGACGGUGUCGACAGCCAGUGAACUCCGCAAACCAAUCUACUGGAUUGUUGCAGCGAAGGCCAUCGACUACGAACAAAUGUUGCUCAUGAUGGCGGGGGUUAAAUGGGACAUCAGGGAGAUAAUGUCACAGCAUAAUGUGUAUGUGGACGCCCUUUUAAAGGAGUUUGAACAGUUCAACAAGCGUCUGGGAGAUGUUUCCAGACAUGUACGCAUCCCGCUGCCUGUGUCCAAUGUUCUGUGGGAGCACUGCAUCCGCCUGGCCAACAGGACUCUAGUAGAAGGCUAUGCUAAUGUGAAGAAAUGCAGCAACGAGGGCCGGGCCCUGAUGCAGCUGGACUUCCAACAGUUCCUCAUGAAGCUUGAGAAACUGACCGACUUGCGACCCAUCCCUGAUAAAGAGUUCGUGGAGACUUACAUCAAGGCCUACUACUUGACUGAGAACGAUAUGGAGCAGUUUAUCAAGAAUCACAGGGAGUACUCCAUGAAGCAGCUUGCCAACCUGGUGAACGUUUGCCUGGGCUCGCACAUAAAUAAGAAGGCUCGUCAGAAACUUCUGGCGGCCAUCGAUGACAUUGACAGACCCAAGAGAUAGACUGAUGACAGGAGCAGACCCUAAACAUAUCAUCCAGCCACAGAGACUGACACUCAAGCAGAACCCCAUCCCGUCCUGCAGAAGAGCUCAUCACAGAAUGUCUUCAUAUUCCAUUUCAUGUUUGGGUAUUUUUAACAAGUAAAGCUGCUAUUCACAUUAACGUAAAGCUAAAAUAAUAGCCUAUUGUUAAUUGGUUGUUAACCUACAGUCAUUGUUUGGUCAAAAACAAACUCAGUUUUUUUGAAAGCACCUCAUGACAUACUGUUGGACAUAAAUACUAAAACCAUCACCAUCGAGCAUGCUAAAGUUACCCUACAAACACUGAACAUGGAUCACAAUGCACGCCCUCAUCUUUUCAUUUUAGAAACUUGCUGCUUAUGACAUUUGUCUGAAAAUUGUCUACAUUCAAAACAGUUUUAAUGUCUUCAAUGGCCAGAUGGAACUGACUUUUUCACACAUCAAUUAACAGAUAUAACCUUGUGAUAUAAGUGUGUUAACGUUGCUCUUCAUGGUGUUACAUCAACUCCAUCCUUUCAAUUAAGAAAAAAAAAAGCAUUUACCAGAAGUCCAGUAACAUACGUUUUCUGUACUAAAUAUGUCCCAAUAUUGGAUCCAAGAAGACUCUGAAGCAGUUAUUAUUAACCUCUACUUUCUGAUCUCAAGCUUUGUCUCAUGGUUGAAUGUCCCUUCCAGAUGCAGAUGCAGUAGAUCUCAUUUAUCGUUCAUUUGAUCACUCUUUAUAAGUUAUUCUUAUUUUCUUUGUGUAUCGUUUUACUUCAGGGUAUUUUUGUGCCUGACUGGAUGUUUCUUUGUUUCUUUGUUCUGUCUGUCUAUGAUAUAAAUCUAAUAUAAUAAUGAUCCUGAAAAUAAUAUAAAUUGCUGUAGUUAGCGUUCAAAUAUUGUAUAUGAGCACCAGCUGCAUUUGAUUGUUUGCCAUUUGUUAAUUAUUUGAAUGUCCUCUAGUAUCUGAUCUCCAUGCUGAGCAUUCAAAUGUGGUUUUUAUUUUUUUUCUAUCAGUUUGUGCAGUCGGACAUUGAUGAUGUGAAUCCUCAUGAGUUUGUAACUGAACUGCGUCAGCUACAAGAGCUUUCCUCUGCCGCUUUAAAGCUGCCCCCACCUGUCGCCUCCAUUAGAGCAGACCUGCCGAGAGGGCAGAUUGAUUUUCUGCUAAAGAAAAAAAAAAAAAAGGACUGGAGUUAAGUUUUUGAUAUGGCUUCAUAUUUUCUGUGCACCUAGUCCAUGAAGACUAUUGUAAAUGUGAAUGUUUUGAACAAUGUCUGUAUUUAUUUCUGGCUUCGUGUCUUGUUUAGCGUUUUUAUAUAAUACUGGAAGUGUGCUGUCAUUUAUCACCUCUCAGUAUCUUGUAACUUAUCAGCUGAAGCUAAAAAAAAAAAAAAAAGAAGAUAUUUAAACUUUGUGAAAUUAUGUUAAGGGUCAAGUGCACUAUUGUGAAACUAAUCAGUAAUCAUUGUUUAACUGUAGGUUGAACCAAAAAUGAUUCUAACAUAAUAAACACACUAACAAUGGA